GGAUGACGGCAGAUAUGCGGCAUAGGUUCGCACGAGUAGCACGAACCGCAGUGGCGAAUUCGAGGAAUCGAAAAUAAGAAUUUUCCGGUGAAGGGAAGAGUAUCGUUAAAAAAGGAAAGAAGAAGAAGAAGAAGAAAAUCCUGUCCUUCCUUCGUCGAGAUCGCCGAGUCAAAUACAGUGAUGUAUUUACCGUUCGGGACAUUUGGUUCGUGUUUGUCCCUGUGCUGUGAACGCAAGAUCCCCAACGAACGGAACGAUCGUUGUGCUUUCUCGUUUUAACGUAAUCCGAGUGGCGAGGAAAAGUGGCGAGCAAUAUUUUCAUACGGAAGCGCGAAAAGAAUGGUGAAUAUGGAAGGAUCGGGCGAGCAGCAAACCGUGACAGCUUCGCCACCGCCACGAGUGCCCCUGAAGAGCAGUUUCAGCAUUCGUAGCAUUCUGCCGGAGGCGUGCGCGGGCACCCCGGCGCCUCCGGCCAGCCGGACCGCGUCCCCGGAGAUAAGCCACGUCGACGAGAGCGAGGACUCGAGCGACCUGGACGUGACCGGGGACGGCGGGGCCGAGACGCCGCCGUUGGAUUGCUCGAGAAACGCGGCCACCUCGGCCAACUCCUCGGCCGAGCACAAGGACUGCAAGGAUCGGCAAAAUUCGGACGAGAAGAAGAAAUGCGAGAAACCCCCUUACAGUUACAACGCGUUGAUCAUGAUGGCCAUCCGCCAGAGCCCGGAGAAGAGGCUCACGUUGAACGGUAUAUACGAGUACAUAAUGCGCCACUUCCCUUAUUACGAGAACAACAAGCAAGGGUGGCAGAACUCGAUCCGGCACAACCUAUCGUUGAACAAGUGUUUCGUCAAAGUGCCCCGCCACUACGACGAUCCCGGCAAAGGGAACUAUUGGAUGCUCGAUCCGAGUUCCGAGGACGUGUUCAUCGGCGGGACGACGGGCAAGCUUCGGCGGAGGACAACGGCGGCGUCGCGGUCGCGGCUGGCGGCGUUCAAGAGGAGCGUGGUCCUCGGCGGACUGUACCCCUCGGCGUACGCGCCGCCCGGAUGGCCGGCGUCCCUCUACACCCUGCCUUAUCUGCACCGGGCCGCCGCCGCCGGCUACCCACCGGCGACCGGCGCCUACUCCACCCCCGCCGGCUACCCGGCGAGCCUGCUGCCCGGCGCCGCGGCCACCGGCUCCACCACCAGCCUGCCCUGCAAGCCGCAGCCGCUCCCGGCCGCCGCCGCACCCCCCCAGCACGGCCCCUUUUCCAUGGAGAGGCUGCUCCAACCCCCGACAGCCGCCGGAUACCCGCCCGGCAUCGCCGCUUCCGCCAUCCCCGUGUCCGCCACGCCCUACGACUUCUACUCCACUCUCAGGUCGCUGGCCGCCCACCAGCACCAGAGCACGGCCGCGGCGUUCGCGCACAACCAGCAGCCGACCACCAGGUACCACCAAGCUCCGCUGCUGAGCCAACCGACCUCGGCCACCGCGUCCCCCGGCAGCAGCCCGGAACCCAUGUCGCCCCAUUCGCCGCCGGUCACCGUUUGCAAUUCGGUCCAGCAGCCGAGAUCCCUGCCGCACAGUCCUCCCCAGCUGCUGCUGAAGCCGAUCACCGUGCUCACAGGAAGACAGAGCUGAACUUGGCCGAUCGUUUAGGCGCCUCGCCGCCGAGGUAUUCGCGAGCUUUCCCUCCGCUCGCGCUUCGACGAGCACAACUUGUACGACGAUUUCGAUUCAAUCGACGCCGGAACGAGACAUCGGGAAUUCGUGGAUCGAACCGAGCUCAUUUUCUAAACGGAAGAGGAUCCUUCUCUCCGAUCAUCGGUUGCGCUCGCAGGGAGAUUCUGGAAUCGGAUUCUGGAAUCGAGCGAGCUUUAUGUAUCGAGCUUUAUAUUAGCGACGCUCUGUCGCGGGACAGAAAGAGCGGGCAGAGUUGGGGAAAGAAAUCUCCCAUUUUCGAUUUCGAAUUUUUUCGUACGACGUUACGGUCCAACGGAAAGUAUCGGAAGUUUAACUUCCCGAACCCGGUUAAUGCGCGUGAAGUGUAUAUAACUUUCGUUUUAAUCCCUUCCUCGUAUGGAUAUAUGUAAAUAUUAGGAAAUAUUUGAAGAAUCGAAUUAAUUAGUUGAUUUAUUAAUUAAUAUUACAUACUCGAAAACCGUCUCGCCGAUUCUGCGUAUCGUUACCGCGCGAUUUGUGAUCACGUUGAUGAAAAAAGAGUAAUAUAAUUGAUAAAAUUGUAAAUAUAAUUAAGUGAUUCGUUUUAGAUGAUCUCUCGUCGCUCGAUCGCGUAUCGCGAUCGAAUCUCAAUCGAAAAUGUAUUAUACGUGUAUUCGAUUUUAAAAAUCGAAACAAGAAUCGUAUUAUUAUUUCCCCGAUUAUUUCGAGAUUCGUCGAAUUUGUUAUAUCAUGUACAUAGAUACGUAAUUGUUAUUCGUAAGAUGCGAUAGACACGAUAUAUAUGUAAAUAUGUAUACACCGGAGGAUCGUGAACGUGUCGCAAGCGACACGCGUACGAUCCAAAUAAAUGUUCAAAACUUUUUUAACAAAAA